CUGUUUCCAUUGUAUUUCAACAAUGAACAGUGUGAAAACAUCUUAGCCUUCAAAUAUGGAAACUUCCAGAAUUCCACUUAGAAAUGAAAAGCUGCAACCGUCAUCGUUGAAUGACAGUACCAUUUCUACAUUUCUUCUGAUCAAAUCCAUCCCAGCCGUCCAUCAAGCAUAUUCCACCGAAACCAUAUCUGUGAUCCAUUAGUCUCCACGUUUAUUCGCCACGUGUGAGCCCCAUCCCUUGACGUGUAAGGUUGGGCUUUGUCUUCUUUCUCUAUAUAUUUUCCCGACCCUGCUUCAUUUUGUUUAAAUGCUUUGUGUUUCAGCUCCUCUUCUUGGAAGAAAUUCUCGCCUAGUGAAGCCUUUUUUUUCUAAUUUGAAGCAAUCCCUUCUGUUUUCUUCACGCGUUCGUUUUUUCUCUUUGUGUUUUCCGUCUACCCAAACAGGGGUUUCCAGUUAUUCGUCCCACCCAAUCUAUCAGAGACAGAGUGGUCUGCUUUACUACCAGCCUUUGAGAUCAAAUCACACCAUGGCAAGCCAAUCCAGUCCGCAAUCAGUCCACAGCUUCACCGUUAAGGAUGCUAGGGGAAAUGAUGUUGAUCUUAGCAUCUACAAGGGAAAAGCCCUCUUGAUUGUCAAUGUUGCAUCACAAUGUGGCUUGACCAAUUCAAACUACACAGAGCUGCAUCAGUUGUAUGAGAAAUACAAAGAUCAAGGUUUGGAGAUUUUGGCAUUCCCAUGCAAUCAGUUUGGAGCACAGGAACCUGGGAGUAAUGAAGAGAUAGAAAAGUUUGUUUGCACUCGCUUUAAGGCUGAGUAUCCCAUCUUUGAUAAGAUUGAUGUGAAUGGCGAUAGUGCUGCUCCACUGUACAAGUUUCUGAAGUCAAGCAAAGGUGGACUCUUUGGUGACAACAUCAAAUGGAAUUUCUCCAAGUUCCUGGUGGACAAAGAUGGCAAAGUUGUUGACCGCUAUGCACCCACAACUUCUCCCCUUAGCAUCGAGAAGGACAUAAAGAAACUGCUCGGAAUCUCAUAAGUGCUGCAUCAGCUCUCUUUAACAAAUAAAUAAGAACCCGAUGAAGAUGUUUCUGUAAUAAGCACCAUGAUGAGGGUGUUUUCAGGAUGUUUUAUGUUCACGUACUACAGUUGUGUUUGAUAAGAGUAGUGUUUUGCUUGAAUAAAGAUCAGAUGGUUAUUAUUAACUAU